AUGACACCUAAACCAGGAUGGCUUUCGGCCAUCGCACUAUCGCUGGCCACUUUUGCUCCCCUCGCAACGGCAGACAUCUGCUCCAAGCUUGAUGCCGAGAAUAUUCAAAUUGACAAUAAGCUCACUUUGGACUACAACUCCGACCUGACUAAGUAUUGGUCCGCUGCAUGUGGUGAUCUCAAGCCGACAUGUAUUGCCGCACCAUCGAGCGCACUGGAAAUGUCCCAGGUUGUCAAAGAGCUUCGUGAUACUGACGGUAUGUUCGCUGUGAAGUCGGGAGGGCACAUGCCCAACAAUGGCUUCGCGAGUAUCCAGGAUGGUCUACUCGUAUCAACAAAGAACCUCAACCAGGUCAUAUAUAACCCGGAGGAUCAGACGGCAAUCAUUGGACCUGGCUUGUCAUGGGAGGAUGCCCAGAAAAGUCUAGAUGGAACCGGCCGGACCCUCGUCGGUGGAAGACUUGGUGGUGUCGGUGUAGGAGGAUAUAUGUUGGGAGGCAAGUUGAACACGUUGGGUGGAUUGAGUUUCCUCAGUUCGCAAUAUGGAUGGGCAGCGAACAACGUGAUGAACUUCGAAGUCGUUCUCGCCAACAGUACCAUCGUGAAUGCCAACGCCAAGGAGAAUACUGACCUCUUCGCUGCUCUCAAGGGAGGCGGUAAUAACUUUGGCAUCGUCACUUCGUAUACGCUUCAAACCCAUCCUCAAGAUCACAAGGUGUGGGGAGGAAACUAUAUCUUCACGGCCAAUCAAACACCCCAGGUCCUCGAAGCCAUUCGUGAUUUUGUCGAGUAUUAUCCCGAUGACAAGGCCGCUAUUAUCGUGACAUACGAACACGCUGCUUUGGUCAGCACCUGGAUUAUGUUCCUUUUCUACGACGGCCCAUCGCCUCCAGACGGUGUUUUCAGUAAUUUCACCAAUAUUGGGCCUACGGACACUACUAAAACCUUUGACUCUUACUAUGACCUGCUCAAAAACAACGAUAUCUUCAUCCUCCAUGGACAACGAUACACCAUUGCAACCGAGACGACUCCUCUCCCAAGCAAAAAAGUCGGACCUAAAGUGAUGCAGAAGUACUUCGACCAUUGGUUUAACGUGACGGAUACCGUUCUGGAAGUGCCAAACGUGAUCGGAUCGAUUGCUUUCCAACCAAUGCCUCGAACCAUCACCAGCAAAGCCAAGGCAAUGGGUGGAGACCUCAUUGAUUUCCCUGUCGAUCAAGACUAUAUAGUCAUCGAAUUAGACUUCUCCUACGCCUCCGCGUCGGACGACGAAAAGAUCAACGCUGCAAACAAGAACCUCUACUCGGGUUUCAACACCAUCAUUCAAGAUUUCAUCGACGAUAAGAUUCUCCCAGAUAUCUACCGACCACUUUUCAUGAACGAUGCAAACUUCGGUCAGGAUUAUUGGGGACGGAACCGGAAUAAGGAGCAGGCGUUGCAGACGAGGUUGAAGUAUGAUCCUGAUGGAUUCUUUCAGAACCGGACCAGUGGUGGGUUUAGGCUUUCGUGA